ACAGCACCUAAUCUCCCAUUCAGCUCCACAUUUACACUCAAAAGCGCGGGAAAAUUGUCAUCUCCAUUCGCGCCACAAAAGCCCUAAUCACAUUCCCAACUUCUCUGGUCUCUAAUUUUACGAUUAUCGCAGUUUACUAUCAGAUCCGAUCUCCAUCCCACCUUAUUCCCCACAAUAUUUUCAAAUUCUUAAGUCGAGUCAAUUUGGAAAUGCAAGAAUUGUCACUGAUCUGUGCCGGUCUCGGCGACGAAGAGGAGGAUAAUGGAAAACGUAUCGGUUACUCGAAAGGCGAGAACUGCCUAGAAAAUUUAAAGGAUUUGCUUAGAUGUUUAAGGCGCGAUGAUCCAGAAACACGAGAAGUAUUUAAGCAAGUAUGCAAUUGGAAGGUCGUGUCCAAGGAUUUGAUUCCGAUUAUUCAAUACUGUCAAGUUGAUCGAAGCUUAGUCUUAAAUGCAGGUAAUUACAGCUUUUUCUUUUUCUUUUUUUCUUUUCUUUUUUUGUUAAUAAUGGUAGGGACAUCUGAUAAAUUUGUUGAUUUCUAUAAUAUUUCAGUGAAGGUUUUGGUGUUUCUUACGAUGCCAAUUGAGCCUUCAUCAAAUGAUAUUCUUCAGCAGACAGAGUACCUUUGGGACUUGAAGUCAGCAAUCACAUGUAGUGAUACUGUUGGAGUGAUUAUUUCAUUACUUGAAGAUCCACUUGAACAUUUGGAACGUGAAGCAUUCACAGAGGACGACUGGAAAUUGGUCCAGCUGGUACUCACGCUCUUUAGAAACAUUCUUGCUAUACAAGAUUUUUCCCUGCUGCAGAAAGUUGGGGGAUCUGCUAGUCAUCUUUUGUCGCUAAGAGAUAGGUUUUUGGAACUUAUGUUUCAUGAGAAUGUAAUGGACCUUGUUCUAAUUAUCACUCAGCAUGUCUGUAGUUCUGGCUACCUUCGUCAAGAUAACUUAUUGUUAUUAGAGAUUUUCCAUUAUAUUUUCAUGGGUCAAGAGCCAGAGUUGAUUGCCAAAGCACAAAUAAAGGAUUCGAAGCGGGGUGGGGAGACUUCACUUGAUAGUCUCAAGUCUAUUAUGGAAGCUGAAGAAGAGAAAAGAAGAAAGCUUUCCAGGCAACGGAAUAUAGGGCGUCAUUCACAAUUUAGCGGAACAUUUACACGGCUUACCAUGGAUGGUUCUAAAGCCGUAUACAAAGGAAACCCUAGUUCUGCUUCUCAUAAUGUCCUGCUUAAACCUCAUAAAAUUCAUAGGAGUUCAACUAAAAGGAUUGUGUGGGACCAUGGGAGAUUACCUUCAAUGAAGGAUGAUAUUUUGGUUUUGCUGCACGAUUUUCUGAACCAGUUUUUAUCGGGGGGCUAUAAUGUUUUAAUGCGAUCAAUUUCCGAGGACAUUGAAAAGGAGCAUCAUGCAAUUCAGAAUAGUGACAUUGUCAUUUUCUUUAAGGUUGCUCAGUUUGUUACUUCUUUUCAGUAUCACAAGUUUUCAACUUUCAAGCCACCAAACGUGGAAAAAGAUGAUUCUCACAGCUUCCCUGAUGAAUACGUUGAUAACACAUUAUUCAAAGGCGAUGUAUGUGGACCAAUCGCAGCAUCAAUGAAUGAAUCAAUGUUUCUACUGGUCAUUUCAAGAUGGAGAAAUGCUUUUGAUGGCCUGAAACAGACAAAUGACUACAAUUUUCUAUCUGCAGCAGGCUCUCUUAUGAGAAUUAUGAUUCGCAUGUUAGAUUUGGUGCUUAAAUCAUUGCCUGAAGGUUCUAAGGAGUCUCAAACAGCUCGCAUACUGCUUUACAAGUUAUUCUACGAUCAAACUGAUCAAGGAAUGACUCAGUUCCUCUUGAGCCUGAUAAAAUCAUUUGACACUCAUAAACAACCCAAAAGUGAUCUUGCAGAUCUGGUGGAAAUGAUUCAUCUAAUUGUGAGAUUGAUGGAGAAUCUUCAAGCACGUGGCGCAUUAAGGGUUUCUAAGAAAUCGAGGAAGGUUAGAAAGAAGAAAGCACUGGGUAGCAAGAGGGGAACUGAAAAUGAACUGUCCGGAGAUGGAACAAAGAUUCAAGAUCAGACACUGUCUUCUAAUACUGAACAAUCUAUUGAUUUGAGCAUUUUGCAAAAGAUAAACGAAGAGAACUCAACUUCUGAUAAUCAAGAAAACAACAAUAUUGCUGUUCAAGAUAAUCAAGACAACGUCGCUGUUCAAGAUAGUCAAGAAAAUAUCAAUAAUGCAAUUCAACCUGAUAAGACUGAGAUAUCUGCACAGGAUAUUGGAAAUUUUGGCAGGAAUCUGCCUCCGAUGGAUAAGAGAAAGAUUGAUCAUAUCGAUGAUGAUCUUACUGGCAGCUCUGAUGAUUCAUCUAGUGAUGAGGACCUCAUUGAGACUCAUGAAGUUGAUUUUAAGGUCUCAAGCUUUGUAUCAACUUUUGCAAAUCAUAACAUCAUUCGGAACUUGUGCUGGUUGCUCAGGUUCUACAAGAGUAAUUCCACCAAUACAAAUCACUACAUCGUAUGCAUGUUGCAGAGGAUUACUGAUGAUUUGGAUCUUUCUCCAAUGCUUUAUCAGUUAUCACUACUUACAACAUUCUAUGACAUCCUCGAUGAGCAAAAGUCAUGUCCAUGCAAGGAAUAUGCGAGUAUUGUUGAUUUUUUGACAACCUUAAUUCGAAGAAUGCUACGAAAAAUGAAGAGCCAACCCCUUCUAUUUGUAGAAGUUCUUUUUUGGAAGUCCCGUAAAGAGUGCCAUUAUAUUAAUGCUGAAUAUUUAUUGCAUGAGCUUGGCCAUAUGAAGAAAGAAGCGAAAAGCUGGGGUAAUGUUUUGGCGGAUGGAGAACUGGGUUCAUCACAAGCAAAGGGAUGGGUUCCCAGAAGCAUAGCAGAUGCUCUGGGUGAGGAUGAAGCAGAUGUUGUGAUCGCUCAUGAACCAUAUCAGAAGAUGAGAGAAAGUUUCGAUGGAGCGGAGAGAGAUUUUUUUCUAAAGAACAACAAUGACAAGAAAAGAGAUUCUGAUUACGGAGGAAAUGCCAUGGAACCUGCAACUGAAGGGGUUUCUAAAAGAAGAAGACUUGUUCUUACUGAUGAAAUGGAGAUGAGAAUAAAAGAACUCCAUGAGAAAUACAAGGAUGACGGGAGUUGUGUUCGUCUUAUUGCGGAAUCCCUAGAUCCUGCUGGUCAUGUUUCACCUGCACAAGUUUUCAACAAGCUCAAGCAGCUAGGGUUAAAAGUAUCAUCAAAGAAAAGACUGAGAAAUGUUGACAAAGAAUUUUCUACUUUUCCUGAUCAGCUUGUGGAAAACGGAAGGUCCACCGGAGAAGGUAGUAGUGGUCUUCAAAACUCAAUUGAUGUUGAAGAAACAUUGAAAAGGAACACCAGGAAAAAAGUUCGGGCCUUUAGCAAAGAUCAAGAGGAAAUUAUUAGAGCUUUAUUUGAGCAGUUUAAAGAGCAUAAAAGAUGCAGCUAUAUGAUUGCAAAUGCACUAGCUGCCGAUAAUUCUUUUACAGCUGCACAAGUUUCCCGAAAGCUCAAGCAACUUGGAUUACACAUUCCUCGGCAAAGGAGAUCAGAAACAAAAUUGCAUUUAAGAGAUAAGGAGCUAAAUGACUUUUCUGUCGGAGAACAGGUGUCUGAUGAUGAAACAUUGUUAUCAUUGAGGAAAAGGGAAAGAAUUAAGCAUGGUGGCAGAUCAUUUGAUGAGUUGUCCAACCACAGCAUAGAAGGAGAGUUUUCUGGCGAUUCUGAUGAUGAAUUACUAAGCUCAUUUCUCAAGUAUAAAAGCAAAGAUGGUGAUAAAUCAUUUGAGGAACAGAAUAUUGCAAAAGAGUCGUCUGACAACGAAAUUUUAGACUCUGUUCUCAACAAAACAAGGAAGCUGCAUCCAAAAGCAAAAAGUAAAAGCCUCAAAACAUCUGAUGAGAGGAAAACAACCGAGGAAAACAGGGUCACUGGAGUUUCUAAAGAAAUUGCAGAAAGGGAUGAAGGAGGUCAGUCCAUCGGGAUGGAUGUGGCAGAGGUUCGUGAAGAUGUUGCUGUCAAUAUCAGUCAGGAAGAUGCUUCAGAAUCUGAAGCAACUGGCAGUAUGAAUAGAAAUGCAUCUGUUCUUUCACCACAUGAAGAAUUGGAUGAUGCAUUGAUAGAUUUGGAGGAUGAUGCAGCUUUAGACACGUCAGUGAAAACUCCUGCACUUAGGAGGAAGAUGAGGAUGGUAAUUGACGGUGACGACGAUGAUUAAGAUUUUAGUAUGGCACUCUCGCUCUACCCUCCCAUCAGUAUGCUGUCGUUGUAACUGGUUAUUUUCCUGUUUGCUGGGCCAUUAUUGGAAUUGGCUGAUGUACAGUCCAGUUUAUCUAUUAGUGCAAUCCCUCGACCCCUUAUAAUCUUCUUUGUAUCUUCUUCUUUUAAGGCUUUAUUUGUAUAUAGAAAAUAGAGGUGUUCAGUUAUUAAAAAGAAAAGUUCCCUGAUUCUAAUUCAUCAA